CUGUUUUUCUCAGUUUAACAAAUUAAAACACACAGAAAUAUAAAAACAACAAGUCCCAAAAUUGUUGGAGCUUUUGUAUGAGUGUGAAAUAUUCUGAUAUAUUUUAAUAAAUUAUUUUAUUUUCUUUUAUAUUUAGACGUGAGAAUAUUAGUAGUUACCUAAUACCUACUGAGGGAGUUAGAAGCCAAUUAUGUAUUUGUAUGCUGCCGCCAGGAAUUUGAAUGACUCUCAGGAACACCAACAAUAUAUUACUAAAGGAACCAACUAUAUCACCAAAACUAACUGACACAAAAAAUCUGAUUUGUCUGCUUUUCAGUUGCAGUUUUAACGUACGAAGUGAUUCGUUUAUUAAAAUUAACAUCUAAUUUAUAUAUCGAGUGUUGUGUAAUUUUAAAUAAUGUUAGUGUAACUAGUUGUCUAUUUAAGAUUGAUAACUUAAAAACUAAGACACUGUAAUCGAUAUUUUUGGAAAUCGACCGGUUUAUAAAGACAAUGGAAGCCCUUAUUCCCGUUAUCAACAAAUUGCAAGACGUUUUUAAUACUGUUGGAUCAGAUGCCAUUCAAUUACCUCAAAUUGUAGUACUGGGAUCGCAAAGUUCAGGCAAGAGUUCAGUUAUUGAAAGCUUAGUUGGAAAAUCGUUUCUACCAAGAGGAACUGGUAUUGUUACACGAGUACCUCUUGUUUUACAAUUAGUUUAUUGUCCUAAGGAUGACAGGGAGCAUAGAGCCGCAAUUGAUGGGACAAUGGAGGUGGAGGAAUGGGGCGUUUUCCUACAUUGCAAAAAUAAAGUCUUCAAAGACUUUGAAGAAAUUCGUCAGGAAAUUGAGAACGAAACCAAUAAAAUUGCUGGAAGUAAUAAAGGCAUAUGUGCAGAACCCAUCAACUUGAAAAUUUAUUCGACAAAGGUUGUAAAUUUAACUUUAGUUGAUUUGCCGGGUAUUACCAAGGUACCUGUCGGAGACCAACCUCCAGACAUCGAACAACAAAUUCGUGAAUUAGUCCUAAAAUACAUCGCUAAUCCGAAUUCAAUAAUAUUGGCUGUGGUAACGGCAAACACCGAUAUGGCGACUUCAGAAAGUUUAGCAAUUGCUAAAGAUGUUGAUCCUGAUGGUCGCAGAACAUUGGCAGUCGUUACAAAGCUUGAUUUAAUGGACGCAGGUACUGAUGCUAUUGAUAUUCUUUGUGGUCGCGUUAUUCCAGUUAAAUUAGGUAUAAUCGGUGUUGUAAAUCGCUCACAACAAGAUAUUAUGAAUAACAAAUCCAUAAAAGAGGCCUUAAAAGACGAAGCCACAUUUUUACAAAGUAAAUAUCCAACUUUAGCCACUCGCAACGGUACUCCGUACCUAGCGAAAACCUUGAAUAGGCUUUUAAUGCACCACAUUAGAGACUGUUUACCUGAUUUGAAGACUCGCGUAAAUUUAAUGAUGUCCCAGUUUCAAUCACUUCUUAAUUCAUAUGGCGAAGAUAUUUCUGACAAGAGUAAAACUCUGCUUCAAAUUAUCACUAAGUUUGCCUCAGCUUAUUGCUCCACUAUAGAAGGCACUGCAAGAAACAUUGAAACAACAGAAUUGUGUGGUGGAGCAAGAAUUUGCUAUAUUUUUCACGAAACUUUCGGAAGGACUUUAGAUUCAAUACACCCUUUGGCCGGUUUAACAAAAAUGGAUAUUUUAACCGCUAUUAGAAAUGCAAACGGCCCAAGACCUGCGCUUUUUGUACCAGAAGUUUCUUUCGAAUUGCUAGUCAAGAGACAGAUUCGGCGUCUUGAAGAACCAUCAUUGCGAUGCGUUGAAUUAAUUCACGAAGAAAUGCAACGUAUUAUACAACACUGCGGAAGUGAAGUUCAACAGGAAAUGCUGCGAUUUCCCAAAUUGUAUGAAAAAAUCGUCGACGUUGUAACACAAUUACUUCGAAGACGCCUUCCAACGACCAAUCAAAUGGUGGAGAAUCUAGUACAAAUCGAAUUAGCAUACAUUAACACUAAACAUCCAGACUUUUACAAAGAAAUCGCAAUGGUGCCAUCGAUGAUUAAAUCCGGGGAUGGAUCUCGAACUAAUCGACCAAAGAGUAUGUUUAGCAAACAUCAUACAAUGGCGGAACCUACAGAGUUGAUUGCACGUGGUGCUGUAGAAGCAUCUGAUCAGGCCGAUUUCUUUAAUUAUCUCUUUCGAAUAUUGCCUGUGUCUAGUUAUAAUGACUUCAUGAAUGCUGUUCAGGUUCGUUCUUCAAGUAAUCCUCAAUUGAAUGAAGAUGCGACAACUUGGGUUUCUAAUUUAACUUCUUCUCAAAACGGAACGGAUACAGCACUGACAAACCACAUCGGCAAUGUACCCGAAAGCGUAAAGAAUGAGGAAAUAAGAUCCAUUCUUAGUCCAGUAAAACCUGUCAAUUUGUUACCACAAGUUCCAAUCAACAGCAGUUCAUUCAGAAAACUUUCUGAAAAUGAGGAACACGACUGUGAAAUUAUUGAACGCUUAAUUAAAUCGUAUUUCUACAUCGUUCGUAAAUCAAUUCAAGAUACGGUUCCGAAGGCAGUAAUGCAUUUUUUAGUCAAUUUUGUUAAAGACAAUUUGCAGUCUGAGUUAGUGACACAUUUGUAUAAGGCUGACAACGCUGAUCAAUUGUUGGACGAGUCUGAACAUAUUGCACAAAGGCGCAAAGAGGCCGCAGACAUGUUAAAGGCACUUCAAAAAGCUGCACACAUCAUUAGCGAAAUUAGAGAAACACACAUGUGGUAAACUUGCAGCCAUAUUUUUCCCUAGUCAAGAAUAAGCGUGUACUGGCCCUCGAUGUUAAAGCUGUAUUUAAUCUUUACUUAAAAGGAUAAGAGUAACAUUGAACGAAUUUGUAAUAUCUUUACUGUCAAACAAAGAACUUCAUAAUGUUUGGAUAUUUGUUGAAGUUUUAUAAAAAUUUACGUAUCUUUCUGUAAAUAUAUUGUACAAUUUUUAUGAAUUCUGACAUAACUGUAAAAUUGAACAUCAUUUUUCAAUUUGGUUUGAUAUUAGAUGAUAUUAGACUUGUUACUCUCUUUUAUAGUUGGUGCAUUAUUGUAGAAAUCACUUUUUGAUGUUACACGCGCCAUAGUUGUAUUUAUUCAUAUUUCAAUAUUUUUUUGAUGCAUUUUUUGUUUUAGCCAUCAAUACGCAUCAAUAAAUUAUUGAUUUGGUA